AUGGCGCUCGGUGCAUAUGGACACACUCGCAAGAUGACCAGACCAGUUGUCAAAUAUUUGUACAGUUCUUCAUCUGAAGACUGCUGCGUCAAUAUUCUUCUGGAUUCGUGGUAUAAAAAGGGCCCGAAUUUUGGUAUAGGCAUCAGUUCGGUUCCGAACUCUCACAACAUGAGAGUCAUACCCUGUUUGAUCCUGUUCUGUAUUUUGCAGUACAAUGCUGCGUACCAACAAGCGCCUCAGACCGUGCUAGGAGAAAAAGAUGUGGUAGAACUUGCCGAGACAUCGAGCACCGAAUAUGGCAAUGGUUUUUCAAAAGAGACUAUUAACAAGACAUAUAAAGGGCACUCUCAGAAUGUCCACAAAGGUGAAAGAAUUCGAAAGGUCAUUGUCAUCGAUGAAGAUGAAAUGGGAAACGCAUUUAUAAACGAGACUGAUGAGAUCAUCAAUACAAGUGCGGGAGCUGUCUCAGGGUCAAGUGGACCAGGAGGACAGGGGUCUUCCGCAUCCGCAGGAGCCGCCACGUCAAGUGGAACAAGCGGACAAAAUAACGGACCAAACAAUAGACAACAAAGACCAUACGCACCACAAGGACAAGAAUCAGCCACUGCUGCAGCUUCCACUACUUCAAGUGGACCAAACGUUGGACCACAGCGAUUAAACUAUGGACGACAAGGAACAAACAAUAGACCACAAGGACCAAACAAUGGACUUAAGGGACCAUACGGACCACAAGGACCAGGAGCAUCUGCUGCUUCAGCCGCAGCUUCAUUAAGUUCAACAAGUGGACCAAAUAACGGACAAAACAAUGGACCAUACGAACAAAAUGGUCCACUUGGACCAAAGGGUCCACUCGGACCAAAUGGACCUCUAGGACCAAAUGGACCACUAGGACCUAACGGCCCACUUGGACAAAAUGGAUCAAAUAAUGGACCACAAGGGCCAAGCAAUGGACCACAAGGACCAAACAAUGGACUUCAGGGACCAUACGGACCGAAAGGACCAGGAGCAUCUGCUGCUUCAGCCGCUGCUUCAGCAAGUUCAACAAGUGGACCAAAUAACGGACAAAACAAUGGACCAUACCAACAAAAUGGUCCACUCGGACCAAACGGUCCUUUCGGACCAAAUGGACCACUAGGACCUAACGGCCCACUUGGACAAAAUGGACCAAAUGGACAAAGCAAUGGACCACAAGGACCAAGCUAUGGACCACAAGGUCCAAACAAUGGACUUCAAGGACCAUAUGGACCACAAGGACCAGGAGCAUCUGUUGCUUCAGCCGCUGCUUCAGAAAGUGGAACAAAUUACGGACUUAACAAUGGACCACGUGGACCAUACGGACCCAACGGUCCACUCGGACCAAAUGGACCACUAGGACCUAACGGCCCACUUGGACAAAAUGGAUCAAAUAAUGGACCACAAGGGCCAAGCAAUGGACCACAAGGACCAAACAAUGGACUUCAGGGACCAUACGGACCGAAAGGACCAGGAGCAUCUGCUGCUUCAGCCGCUGCUUCAGCAAGUUCAACAAGUGGACCAAAUAACGGACAAAACAAUGGACCAUACAAACAAAAUGGUCCACUCGGACCAAACGGUCCUCUCGGACCAAAUGGACCACUAGGACCUAACGGCCCACUUGGACAAAAUGGGCCAAACAAUGGACCACAAGGAUUAAACAAUAGGCAAGUAGGUCCAUACGGACCAGAAGUACCAGGAUCUUCAGCUUCUGCAAGUGUUACUGCUUUAAGCGGUGAAGAAAUCAUUGUUAUAGAAAGACCCGAAAUAGCUAAAGCAAACGCUUAUGCUUCAAGUGGGUCAUACGCACCAAAUAACGGACAAAACAAUGGACCAUAUGAACAAAAUGGUCCACUCGGACCAAAUGGACCACUAGGACCUAACGGACCACUAGGACCAAAUGGACCACUAGGACCUAACGGCCCACUUGGACAAAAUGGACCAAAUGGACAAAGCAAUGGACCACAAGGACCAAGCUAUGGACCACAAGGACCAAACGGCCCACUUGGACAAAAUGGACCAAAUAAUGGACCACAAGGGCCAAGCAAUGGACCACAAGGACCAAACAAUGGACUUCAGGGACCAUACGGACCGAAAGGACCAGGAGCAUCUGCUGCUUCAGCCGCUGCUUCAGCAAGUUCAACAAGUGGACCGAAUAACGGACAAAACAAUGGACCAUACGAACAAAAUGGUCCACUCGGACCAAACGGUCCUCUCGGACCAAAUGGACCACUAGGACCUAACGGCCCACUUGGACAAAAUGGACAAAGGACCAUACGGACCACAAGGACCAGGAGCAUCUGUUGCUUCAGCCGCUGCUUCAGCAAGUUCAACAAGUGGACCAAAUAA